AGACUUCAGCGCCUAUCCGCUGGAGCUUAUUUUGGGAGACCGGGGGCCUUUUGCCUGGGAGGGCUGUCCGCUGGAAUUGCUCUUACCCCUACCAAUUUAUCACCCAUCCCACCUCUUGGAAUCUAUUCGUCCAAAAAAACCCUCUCCGAACCCAAUAUCUUCCAAGAGACCAAGAAUCAUGUGGGCUCAUCAGCUAUAGCACUCUCCCUCAUGAGCCCUCGAUUGCUCGUCUGCUGUCGGCGGUCAGGUACUGUUGUGUAGCAGCGACGUCGUCUAUCUGUGAGACAGGAACAGUAAAGUAUAGAGAGAUGAAGUUCAAGGCAUUUCUUACAGAGAAUGGUGUAAAUCUUUUGGAAAAGAGGUUCCUACCAGCACUAGACAAGAUGGGAAAGAUAUGCCAUCUCUAUCUCAAUAGAGACCAUGCUAUCUUCCUCCACAACCUUCUCAAUGGUGAUGGAGUUCAGUCUAUUGCUCAGUUUCGCAAAGAAGCUCUUUUCGAUGACUAUCGAAUCUCCAGCCAGAAUGAGGACCGCAUUGCCUUUGCAGUAGACAUUUCUCUUCUCCACCGUGCUCUUCGUAGUAGUGUCAGCAUCUGUACUGAGUUUGGAAAUGGGCCUACCGCCAAUCGUCUCCAGAUUAAAUUGGUUAAGAAGCUGCCUCCAAAUUCUACUCAACCAAUGCCUUUCCUUACUUUUGAGACCAAGGGUUAUAAAUCUGCUGUAAUUCAGGAUGUGCCAAUCUCAAAACCUAUGUCCAGAGCUCAGGUUCUUGAACUUCAAACUGCUCUUGAUAUGGCUCAAGAUUUGCCUCAGACUCUGGUUCAGGUUCCGGAUUUGAAUCAGUUGCAGAACUUUGUGGAUCGGAUGAGGCAUGUGGGCGAGUUGCUUAAUAUUUCCAUAAGCAAGUAUGGGGAUUUACACAUUCAGAUUUCCACCACAUUAAUCACACUUGGUGCUGAGUUUCAGAAGCUGUUGGUCUUAGGUGAAAGAGCUGAUGCUCCAUCUGAAGAUCUAAACCUCAGUGCUCAGACUCGGUCAGCAAGGGCGAUUUUGAGGGGAGAUGCUCAAUCUGUGCAAGUGAGUGUGAAGCAUUUUGGCAAGAGCCUUCAGUGCCACUUGGCUAAGCCGGAUUGCGCUUUCUAUGGGAUUGCUCCACAAGGUGCUUGCUUGACGGUGAUCUUCCAGUUUUUCAUUCCUGGUUCCCAUCAAAUGGACAAGUCAAUCAGUCUACAUUGCAGACUUCCUGUACUGGACCAAGGGUCAGGUUGAGGGACUUAGGUGGGUUUGCCAUGCAUGGUUAAGCUUUAGAACUUUGGGUUAAAUAGUCAGUUUGUUAAAUAUCUUGGCAAAUUGAUUCUGAUUUUUAAUUUGAGUAGCUGUACAUGCUAUUCUUGUAUUCUGCCAAUGACAUUUUAGACCCAUGACUCAUUUUCUUUGUGAAUAUGCACAUCCCUUUACAAGCUGGUUGUGGAAGUUUUGGUCAUGACAUGAUGAAAUGGAAAGAAAUGCCUACUUGAAUUGUUAUGAAAGCAAAAAUAUAACGUCAAAUAGUUGCAAGGAUAGAUGAUUCUUAGCACAGAUUGCUGUUAUUAUGUAUAUACAUUUUGGUGAUUUGAAGCA